AUGACGAAGCCGACUAAACCGUUCGAUGAUGAAUUCCGUUUGCUCACCGAUGUAGUGGUCCUGUUUGGAUACCAGCUGUUACAUGUCAACAAAGAUGAGCUACUGCCACAGGCUCUUAAAUACUUGAAUUCCGACGCACUACCGUUGUCACCAGUAGAGUUGGUUUCAGCGCCGAACAGUGAUAUCGUAACAUUAAGCAUCGGAAAAUUGAACAACAUCAUCAAUAAUUUGGCGCAAAAUGCUGAUAAAAUGUUUCAACAAUCAAUUGACCAACUAAAAGCGUUAUUACGAAUGGACGCUGGAUGGCAGAUCAAAUUGCCCAACGGGAAAGUAUUGACCAUUUUCAGCCCAACCAAGGAUUAUAAGCACUCAAAAGCGUGGCAACAGUCGGUGGUACGGCAGAUCAACGCGCUCGUCGAGUAUACACGAAGCAAUUUGAAGUCACCGCAUGUACUUGCAAUCGUCCUGUUGCUAGUAUUGGUUACCUAUUCAGUGACUGAUCUGUAUCAAAUUUACAAUGAGUGCAAGAUUAUGGAAAACCUGUCUAAGAAUGAAAAGGAGGAUUUCUUUAAUUGUCUCAACGACAUUGUUAAGGUUCUGACUAAAAUUUGUGAUGAUCUUAAUAAUAGAAAUAUUGGUCGUUUUUAUGAACUUUUACAAACCUUGAUUAGAAAGACAACAAACCUUACCAAAAAGAUUGACAAAUCGAAAGUGGAAAUCGAGAAGAGGAUCAGAGAAUUGCAAAAGGAAGAGUCUGAUCGUACUGUCUUGCGAAAUAUAUGGCCAGCGGAAUCUCUUUUGGCGCCACAUACUUUUUUUUGGAAUACGUUUAACAUGGUAGAACGGGCAGUCGGAAUAUUUAGUGGUACAACCACUGCGGGUGCUGCAAUCAUCUUGACCAUUUCGGCGAAUAAGCUGACUCAGAUACAAGCUAAACAGAAAGAAGUUUUGAAUAAUAUAACGAACUUAAAUAAGAAACUUUUAGAUAUCCUUGAAGAAGUAAAGUGCCUAAAAUACGAACCUAUUAAUCAUGAGGUUCUCCGCAUCCAAUUUGAUGGAUACAAGGAGAGCUUACAGGAAUUCCAGACACUAUUUAAAUGA